ACGGUCGCCUGCUCUGUCAGGUUGAAAUCGCACAUUUCAAGGGCAGUUACACUGUUUCAUCAGAAGAAGGAUAGUUGUACUCUGUCCUGUGUUGCCUGCGAGCCAAACCGUGAACAUGCUUUGCAGAGUUGGUCAAAUACGCAGGUGCGCAGCCAGCCUCAGCCAAACCAUAAACCAGGUAGCUGCAUCAAGGCAGAAGCACACGCUCCCCGACCUGACCUACGACUAUGGUGCCCUGGAGCCUCACAUUAACGCAGAGAUAAUGCAGCUGCACCAUAGCAAGCACCAUGCCACAUACGUUAACAACCUCAACGUUACAGAGGAGAAAUAUCAAGAGGCGCUCGCAAAGGGGGAUGUGACAUCACAGGUCGCCCUUCAGGCUGCUCUGAAGUUUAAUGGAGGAGGCCACAUUAACCACACUAUCUUCUGGACAAACCUCUCUCCAAAUGGUGGAGGCGAGCCACAGGGGGAGCUGAUGGAGGCCAUCAAGCGGGACUUUGGCUCCUUCCAGAAGAUGAAAGAGAGGAUGACUGCUGCUACGGUGGCAGUGCAGGGCUCAGGCUGGGGCUGGCUGGGCUUUGACAAGGAUAGCGGAAGACUGCGUAUCGCUGCUUGUGCUAACCAGGAUCCUCUGCAGGGGACCACAGGUCUCAUCCCCCUCCUUGGUAUCGAUGUAUGGGAGCAUGCCUACUACCUUCAGUACAAGAAUGUGCGGCCGGACUAUGUUAAGGCUAUCUGGAAUGUCGUCAACUGGGAGAACGUCAGCGAGCGUCUCCAGACUGCCAAAAAGUAGAAUCUAAUCCUCAAUCAUCCACACUACCACCCUGUCCUGGACCUGGAUAAAAUAGUAGUUGCAAAUAAUUAUUAGUUACCUUGUAUGGAGCAUGGAGUGGUGGUGCUGUUUUGUCUCCAGACUGUAGAUAAGUCAGACUUGGUCAGUUGAAUUAAAGUUGGUAAAUUAACUUUAAAAUACUUUCUACAUUGGUGCAGGUUGCAUUGUCUUCCACCUACACAGGCUGAAACAAACAUUAAAUUUUAUUUGCAAGUGCUUUUUACCUCAGGUCUGCUCCCAGCCUCCUGUCUGUUUGCAAAGCGCACAAAAAUGGCCACCUUUCACAUGAAGGCUGGCUAGUGUUAAUCAAAAUAGAUGUCACAUAAGCAGAGUGCAUAUUCAGUGAGAUGUGUAUUUGUCAGAAUAAGUCACUCUAAAUUCAGCUAAUGUUAUUGCAGUCCAUGUUUUCGAUGUAUUAUAAUAAAACUAUAGGAUUUCAAUUGUA